GGACCUCUUCGGAGAAGGAGGUUUGGCUAAACAACCUCCGCUUCCCAUCGACUCACUUUUGGUCUGACUACUCUGGCAAAAAUGGCAAAGGUUCUCUUCGCGGUAGCAUCUCUGCUGGUUUUGGGAAAUGUUUUCUUUAUCCAUGCCUCUUUCGCCCCAAGCCUCAUCGUAGAUAUGGCAAAGAUCGUCAUGGACAAUUACUGCUCACCAGAGAAGCUGCAGGGGAUGAAGGAGGCAAUUGAAGCGGCCAGCAGCAACACAGAGGUUCUCAACAUCCCCGACGGUGAAUCCUUGGCUAAUGUCCUCAGUUCUGGAGUCCAGACCACAGUCAGUGACCCACGCUUGAUGGUCUCCUUUGAGCCAAACUAUGUCCCUGUGGUACCCCCGAAGAUGCCUCCCUUGCCCCCUGAGCAGCUCAUUGCUGUCCUCCAGACCUCGAUAAAGCUCGACAUCCUGGAGGGCAACAUUGGCUAUCUGAGGAUCGACCACAUCCUUGGGGAGGAAGUCGCUGACAAGGUUGGCCCUUUGCUUCUAGAACUGGUCUGGAAUAAAAUCCUGCCAACCUCAGCUCUCAUCUUUGACUUGCGCUACACUGGCAGCGGCGACAUCUCAGGGAUCCCUUACAUUGUGUCUUACUUCAUUGAUGCCGAGCCUCUGGUUCACAUUGACAGUGUGUAUGAUCGUCCCUCAAACACCACCACAAAGUUGUUUUCUUUGUCCACGCUGCUGGGCGAAAGAUACGGCAUUACCAAACCCCUCAUUAUCCUCACCAGCAAAAACACCAAAGGCAUUGCCGAGGACGUUGCCUACUGCCUCCAGAACCUGAAGAGGGCCACCAUUGUGGGCGAGAAGACCGCCGGAGGCUCUGUGAAAGUCGAUAAAUUCAAAGUGGGUGACACUGACUUCUAUGUUACCGUGCCAACUGCAAAGUCCAUCAACCCCAUCACCGGUUCCACCUGGGAGGUUACGGGUGUGACCCCUGAUGUGGAGGUUAACGCAGAGGAUGCCCUCGCUACCGCCAUCAAGAUCGUCAACCUCCGCGCCCAAGUUCCAGCCAUCAUUGAGGGAUCAGCAACCCUGAUUGCUGAAAACUAUGCCUUUGAAGAUAUCGGGGCUGAUGUUGCAGAAAAGUUGAAAGGGCUGCUGGCAAACGGCGAGUACAGCACAGUUGUCUCCAAGGAGAGUCUGGAGGUGAAGCUGUCUGCUGACCUGAAGACCCUGUCCGGGGACAAGAGCCUGAAGACUACCAGGAACACCCCAGCCCUGCCACCCAUGAAUUAUUCUCCUGAGAUGUACAUUGAGCUGAUCAAAGUCUCCUUCCACACUGACAUAUUUGAGAACAACAUCGGCUACCUGCGCUUUGACAUGUUCGGAGACUUUGAGGAGGUCAAGGCCAUCGCCCAGAUUAUUGUUGAGCACGUCUGGAACAAGGUUGUCAACACUGACGCUAUGAUCAUUGACCUCAGGAACAACGUUGGUGGCCCAACAACAGCCAUCUCAGGCUUCUGCUCUUACUUUUUUGAUGCCAACAAGCAGAUUGUGCUGGACAAGCUGUACGACAGACCAUCUGGCACCACCACAGAGCUCAAGACCCUGCCUGAGCUCACUGGCACAAGGUACGGCUCCAGGAAGAGCCUGAUCAUCCUGACCAGCAGAGCGACUGCCGGUGCCGCAGAGGAGUUCGUUUACAUCAUGAGGAACCUCGGCCGCGCCAUGAUCGUCGGAGAGACCACCGCCGGGGCCUCCCACCCACCCAAGAAUUUCCGUGUCGGCGAGACCGACAUCUUCCUCAGCAUCCCCACCGUUCACUCCGACACUUCCACCGGCCCAGCCUGGGAGGGAGCUGGCAUCACACCUCACAUACCCGUCUCAGCUGACGAAGCCCUUGUUACCGCCAAGAACAUCUUGAACAAGCACUUCGCAGGCCAGAAGUAAACCACGUCUUGAACAAAACCAGGGGGGGUUUCGACAGUCACUUUUGCUUUGGCAGCCAAAUGGUUUCAAGAUUUAGAAUCUAGGCUUGUUUAAGAAGCGAAUAAUGUAGAUUAAGUAAGUACAGCGUGUAAUUGUUAUUCAUCAUCUCAAAGCCUUUUUAGCCUGUCUGUAACGCAGAGCAGUUUCAGCGAUUUCCUUCUUGUUUUGUUUGUUUUUUUUUCUGGUGAACGUUCCUCUGGCUGUUGAAGGUCUUGAGAUGAAUAGCGCCAUGAAGCUGAUUCUCUUGUGAAAUGGGUAUGAAUAAGUCAAGUCAAAGAUCGACCGUUAAAGCAUCAUCACGACAACUUUCAAAAAUGUAAUUUUUGAGAAGUCACAUGCAAAAGUGUGGAAACAAAUUCAGUAAACAUGCAUAGAAAUGCUGUCAAACUAAGUUCCUUUUACUAUCUUGCCUAUUGAAUUGGGACCUCUGUGAAGUAAUCAUAAACAUGUUGCUCUGGUCAACAAAGCAUCCGGCGAUGUCCUCAUUGUGUAUAUGAAAUACUAUAUGUUCAUUAUGCCGUGUGGGCCUGCUUGGGUUGUAUCAAUGUCAGUGGUGAGACACAAUAAAAAA